GUUCUACUGUUUGAUUCAAGAUGAGUGUUAGGUGCAUUUUGGGUGCGAUAGUUCUGCUGGGAUUGUCCUGUGUUGUGAUUUCUCAAAAACCUUUACUUUGUUACUACGGCACUUGGGCGCAUUACCGCUCCGGCAGAGGGCAAUUCAAAAUUGAAGAUAUUGAUCCAUGGGUAUGCAGCCAUGUAAUAUACUCUUUCCUUGGAAUCAAUGAAGAUGGAACUAUAGCAAUAUUGGAUUAUUGGUUGGAUGUAGAAUUGGAAAAUAUGAAAAAGUUCAAUGAGCUGAAAAAUACAAACUCCAAUUUGAAAACUUUGGCCGCAAUCGGUGGCUACAGCGUAGGAUCGGAAACGUUUUCUAGGGUUGCAGCCAAUCCUGACUUGAGAUGGCGAUUUGCGGAAUCUGCGAGAGAUUUCUGCUUUCAGUACGGGUUUGAUGGAGUGGACAUCGACUGGGAGUAUCCGGGACAGCGUGGCGGCGAUGAAUAUAACGAUAGAGCCAAUUUCGUGCACAUGCUUUCCGAUCUGAAGCAGGUGCUAUCGGCAAGUGGGUUGAUCCUUACAGCAGCAGUUGGAGCUCCUCAGCAUCUUGCAGAAAUAUCUUACGACAUUCCUGGUGUAUCGCAACACGUUGAUUUCAUUAAUCUGAUGACUUACGACUAUAACGGUGCUUGGACCGAUGUUACGGGACACAACGCUCCGCUUUACGAUGGUCCUUCGGAUACAUCAGAUUUCCAAAGAACUUUAAAUGUACACCACAGUGUUACGUAUUGGUUGCAACAGGGAGCAUCAAGCAAUAAAUUGAUAGUUGGUAUUCCAAUCUACGGUAGGACCUUCACUUUGCAGAGCUCUGAUAACUAUUGGCUUCGUGCGGGUUCCAGCGGAGCAGGUUUACCUGGACAGUACACGAACGAAGCUGGAUCGUUGGCAUAUUUUGAAAUCUGUCCAUUCUUUACACGAAGAUGGGUUCGCCACUGGGAGGAUAACCAGAAAAUUCCGUUCGGAGUAACGGGAGAUCAGUGGAUUGGAUACGACGAUGUUGACACUACAUAUAUUAAGUGCGACUACAUACAUCAGCACGGUUUGGCUGGAGCUAUGGUGUGGUCCAUUGAACAGGAUGAUUUCCACGGUUACUGCGGUUCAACUAAUCCAAUUUUGACUACGCUUCGAAACUGUCUGUAAUAAAAUGUACUGAUGAUUAAACGAUUAAAGUUUUAACGCAAAAUGAGA